AGGGAAAUAAGAAAAAUGAUCGAGUGGUCGGAGCUACCGGAAGAACUAAUAGACCUAAUCGCUAAACACCUCCGAUCAGAAAUUGACGUCAUCCGAUUCCGAUCAGUAUGCUCUUCAUGGCGUUCCUCCUCCUCCUUCAAAUGCCCCACUCCCACCGAUCUUUCUCAAUUCCCGAUUCUGCCCAACGAUGUUAUAUCCACCGCCGCCUGGGGAUUCUACCUCUCCAAGCGUACAAUCUUCCGCAUCGGCUUGACAGAACAACCUCAUCCUCAAGCAUUUCCCUCUGAUGGCUGGCUGAUCAAGAUCGAUCAGGACGCCCCCCUCCGAUGUCACCUCCUCAAUCCUCUCUCAAGGUUCGUCUUCAGGCCUCUCCCUCGGGAUUUCCCAAAAACCAUCGAUUUGAUGCGCUAUCGCGUCUCGGAAUUAGGGCAAGAAUAUACUCUUCAGUAUAGAAAUUACCGUCCCUUCGCCAGUUCCAUCGGCCAAGCCGGUAGCCUCUAUAUGGAAAAGGUUGCUUUGCGUCCCACACCAUCGAUUGAAGAUCACCUUCUUUUGACUAUCCAUGUCUCUGGGAAACUAGCCAUGUUUAGGUUUGGAGAGAAGAAAUGGACUAUAAUUGACGACAUAACUUCUCCCUACGACGAUGUGAUAUUGUUUCAAGGGAAGUUCUAUGCCGUUGAUUACACCGGUAGGACUGUUAUCGUGGAUGUGGAUUCUUUGCCAUCUCCGGCUCUUAACUUAGCAGCAAAUCCGGUGUUCGGAGGCGAUAGGAAGGUCUUGGUGGAGAGUUGCAACGACCUACUUUUGGUUGACACGUUUCUGAGCGUUGGGCAUGAUGACGAAUCCGAUGUUGAUGGGUCCAUCGAAUUUUAUGAGGAAGUUGACUGUUGCCUGUGUGAGAGAACUGUUCGUUUUAAGGUUUAUAAGCUGGAUCAGAGGGAGCAGAAUUGGGUGGAGGUGAGAAAUUUGGGUGAUAGACUGUUGUUUCUGGGUGAUAACAGUACGUUCUCUGCAUCAGCUUCUGAUUUCACUGUCUGCAAAGACAAGGGGAACUGCAUAAUAUUUUCGAAUCACUACUUCUACUCAAGCAGAGAAGAUGAUGGUGCAAUAAGAGGUCAGGGUAUUGGUGUAUUUGAUUUGGAAAGCGGUAGCAUCGAAUCUUUGACAAAUUAUCCAGGUUUGUCCAAGUUGUUCUGGCCUCCGCCUGAAUGGAUUACUUUGACAAAGUUGGAAGAUGGGAUGAAGCUACUUGAUAUAUAACUCAGUGAUUGCAGUGCGUGGGUCAACAAUAAUAAUGAAGUAUCAAUGAUUCAGGCACUGCCAGAAACAAGAAGAAACACAACACAUUCAAAGGCUUUUGCAAGUUCUUGUUGAUUUCUAACAUUUUUUUUUUCAAUUUUUCUAGGUAGCUCUCCAUACAUACAAUGGAUGCUUAAGUUGUGGUGUUAGGUUUAUAUUCUGGUCACGCCCCAAUUUCCUUUAUCUAGUCUUGAAAAAUAGACAUGUUCUAAUAACAUGUUUCAAUAACGAGGUGGCUUUGAGAUAAAUCAUCCAUUUCGAUCCUUGUCUAGAAAGCUGCUUUUUGAUUAUUUAAAUUUGUGUAUUAUUGUCUUGUA